UCCCGCGAACGAACAUUCGUCGCGCAACUUUCCUCCUUCAAAUUCGUCGCUAUGAGUCAGCCUCCGGCUCAACGAGAGCUUAUAUAGCGGCCAGCGUAUCCAGAUCACUUUCAUUGCCGACCGUACCGCGAUGCUGUAACCAGAGCCGAGAUGCAGUGGCUAAGCGCGAUCUGCGUGUUGACCGCGGCGGUGCACGGUGGCGGUGGAGUUACCCAAACACCUGGUCUGUCGCCAUUUUGGACUGACGACUACAAAGUCUUCGAACAAAUCUACGGAAAGACCUCCGACCGAGAACUCUACGGGUCCACCUUACCUCCUAACCAGUCCUUCGGCGUCGACUUAAGUCCCUUAAGAAACCAGGCUUCAGAGAAAAAGGAACGGUACAUCGACACCGGAGAAGACAGAGACUUGGACCAGCAACCAAGCCUAUAUUCUUUCGAUAACUAUAAUAAUCUUUUGACAAAACAGAAUAUAGAAGCGUUUGAUCCAAAGCCGACGAAACCAUCAUUCAAAUUCAUCCCUUACAAUGAUUUCACGCCAAUCAGCCAAUCUAAUGAUCCAGCAACUUAUAACUAUUAUAAAACGCUGGAAUUGUUAGAGAAGAAAAAGAAAAUCGACGCUCUAAAAAGCUUAGCAGUCAAUAAUUUCGCACAAUUCUCUAGCUACGCGACCAGCCCUGAAGACACAGAGGGGUAUAAGAGUAUCCAGGAUAUUUUAGACGCUCAUGAAGGGAAUAAAGGAAAUAAGAAGGUGAAUAAUGAGCAUGAGAAUUUGGCUAAAUAUGUGAGUUAUGGAGUGUCGAAAAGUAGAAGGAAGAAGCCAUCUUCAAAUCCAAGGUUUAUACACAGUAAUGAUCUUCAGAAACCACGAUGUGUGUCUGGACGCUGUCGCCAGAGAAACACCUCGGUUAGAGUCAGAACAGGGCCUGUUUUGAGGAAGAUUAAGCAUACCAUUAUUUCUGAUUAAACUUUUAAGCCUGAGUAGUUUGAUAAAUGUAUUUCGAUACACCUUAUUAAGAUCACCAUAUUAGAAAUAAAAAUAAUACUCGUAAUUUAUUGUAAGAUUUGACCAGAAAAAUGUGUUCUUAUAUUAUUAGGUGACAUUCGGUUGGCGACAGCAGCAGCAUUGCUGUUCGUUACUGCUCAAAGAGACACACCGUGUAGGUAACAUCACCCGCGUUAACGCUGUAGCAGUAUCGUUGCAACAUGCUGCUUGCUGCUGUGGUCACAAUCCUAAUGUAACCUUAAUUGUGCAUGCUGCCAGUAUUGUUAUUUAAUAUUUAAGGGGUUGUGUUAAUUUAUUAAUUAAAACAAGUACAAGAUGUAGAGUAGCUUUAAUCGUACUUAAUUGUAAACCUUAAAAUAAAUUAUUAUCUUUUUGAA